AUGGCAAACCAGACUCUGCAGAGCAAGGACCAAAUGGGAUUUUCCGUACAACCGGAGCAUCAGAAACAUCUGCAGCAGCAUCAGCAACCCCUAGCUACCACAUUGUCCCAGACAGCAGUGUUCACCAGCCAGUCUACAUCCGCGUCUUCCCAAACGAAUUCAUUACAAAGAUUACGAUUAUACCAAGCUGGUACUCAAACAGAUGCUGAAAUGCAGUCACAGAUACAAACUCAACACGCAUCAGACCAGCAGAUUCACCUGCAAGGCCAGAGUCAACAGCAGGAAAUGUGUGGCAAGACUGCUACAGCCCAGUUCUUACAGAAUGUCAAUCUUGUCGCUGAAGCUGCUAGGCGGGCUCAAAUGGGCAUUUUGAUGCGCGAUUUUGAGGAAAUUACGUUUGAUUAA